GCUUCCUGGAGACCGCAGGUGUAGAAGCAAGCGCCGCGCCCCAAGCUGGACGGGCUUCCGAAGCUGGCAGGCUAUGUAUGUCUUCCUACAUACGGUGAAAGGGACACCCUUUGAGACCCCUGACCAAGGAAAGGCUCGGCUACUGACACACUGGGAACAGAUGGACUACGGGCUCCAAUUUACCUCUUCCCGAAAAUUCCUCAGCAUCUCUCCCAUUGUACUCUACCUCCUGGCCAGCUUCUACACCAAGUAUGAUGCUGCUCAUUUCCUCAUCAACACAGCCUCACUGCUUAGUGUACUGCUGCCCAAGUUGCCCCAAUUCCAUGGGGUCCGUCUCUUUGGCAUCAACAAAUACUGAGGGAUGGGGCUGGGGACGUUGGAACAAAGGGCUGUAACAUCCCUCCUUUUUCUAUACUGUCUUCUAUAUCUUGAAAGCCUGAGAACUAUGUUUCCCAAACUCCCAGUGGAAACUCAAACUUUCCCAAAUUUUCAUUGGAAAAUGGGGUUCCCUGGGCCCAGCCCUGCUAGGAGCAGGUUUCUUUGACUCAGGAAAGACAGGUGAGGUAAGGGGCAAAUCACUCUCCACAGCAGGAAGCCAUGUUUGGGCAGCUUUUUGGUUGAUUAAGUUUUUCCAUAUCAUCCACUCCCACCACCUUCCAGCUCUGUUUUACUGUGUAUUUUCCUUAUAAUAAAGGUAAUUUUUUUCAAAAAAAAAA